AUGGCGCUGCCCAGCUCCCAGCUGCCGGCCACCAACGAGUAUGCCGGAGACGAGGUCUCUGCCAUCAUCCUUGACCCCGGCUACUCGACCACGCGCGCCGGAUUCGCCGGCGAGGACGUGCCCAAGUCCGUCAUUCCGACUUUCUACGGCGUGCGCGAAGCCGAGUCGAACCCAAUCUUCGGCGAGAACGCGAUCCACAACCCCCUGUCGAACCUCGAGAUCCGGAACCCCUGGUCCACCGACGGCAUUGUUGAGGACUGGGAAACCGCAACCAAGCUAUGGGAGUACUCCAUCACCUCGCGCCUGACCGGCACCAAGGAGCAGAAUCCGGCCAGGAACGGCCUGAACGACGCCUCGAACGGCGACAUGGACGUCGAGAUGGAGGCUCAGGCCGAGACGGAGAAGCCGCUGGAAGGCUCGCCCCUGCUCAUGACGGAGCCGGGCUGGGCCACCACAAAGCACCGCGAGAAGUGCAUCGAGGUUGCCAUGGAGGAGUGGGGCGCGCCUGCAUUCUACAUACAGAAGACCGGAGUUCUGGCGGCAUUCGCAUCGGGAAAGCCGUCGGCACUGGUCAUUGACGUCGGUGCUGCCACGACUUCCGUCACCCCGGUCAUCGAUGGCAUGGUGAUCAAGAAGGGCGUUGUCAAGUCUCCACUUGCUGGCAACUUCGUCUCCAACCAAAUACGCUUGGUGUUCCAGCAAUCCCAACCUCCCAUUCCGCUAACGCCCCACUACAUGGUGACGUCCAAGACUCCCGUAGAAGCCGGUGCUGCUGCUCAAGCUAUCUACAAGAAGUUCGACAAGGAGCCAACUGCAUCAUUCCGUAGGCUGGAAGAGGAGCGUGUGCUUACUGAAUUCAAAGAGUCGGUGGUGCAGGUGUGGACCGGCGGAAAGUUCAGUGGCAACGCCGACGAAGUGUACAGCAAUAGUCCAGGCAGGCCCUUCGAGAUGCCCGACGGAUGGAACCAAGUGUUCCGUGCUGAACGGUUCAAGGCGGUCGAAGGCCUGUUCGACGCCAAGGCGGCGCUGAUGGAUGCGGAAAACCCUAGGCCACGCGAUGACCAGACGAUUCCGCAGCUGGUAGUGCAAGCUCUCAGCCACGUCGACGUCGAGAUGCGGCCCGCUCUUCUGGCCAACAUCGUCGUCACCGGUGGGUCGUCUUUGAUAGUCGGCUUCAACGACCGGCUCAACCAGGAGCUUGCCCAGAUUUACCCCGGCCCAAGGAUCAGGCUGCAGGCACCAGGCAACACUGUAGAGCGCAAGUAUGCUAGCUGGAUUGGCGGCAGCAUCCUUGGCAGCUUGGGCAGCUUCCACCAGCUCUGGGUCAGCAAGAAGGAAUACGACGAACAUGGUGCUGGCAUUGUGGAGAAGCGUUGCAAGCGAGCGGCUGCGCGCCGCCAGACCAUUGUCGAGUCCUCCGAUUCCGACGAGCCCGCUGUUGAGCAACAGGACAGCGAUGAGGAAGAGUUCACGCCCGCACCUGAGCCGGCUCCGCCCAAGAGCGCGCGUCGCCGCACUGCAGUGAGGCGCGAUAGCGAUGAUGUAGAAUUCACCCCGGCCCCCAAGAGCGCCCGCCGCCGCAAAGCUUCGGAAGUGCCCAUCACCCCGCGUACAGUUCCCUCCAAGAAGGGCAAGACACGAGCCAGCGAGUCCGUCGAGCCCAGCGUCGCACCCAGCCCCGCCGAGAGCGCUGCCACCAGCGUCGUCGGCGACGACGACGACGACGAACACGAGGCACGCAAGCCGCCGAGGAAGAUUGCUGCUACGCGCCGAGGCCGCCGCAAUGUUCGCGAGAGCCGCAAAAGCAGAGCCUCCGUCGCUCCCGAUGUAAUACAACAAUUCCCUCCCCUUUCCGCGUCCCGGUCCACGGCCGAAGGCCCGUUGACGAUGCGUCUUGCGGAAAAUGCUAAAUCGCCCCAAAAGGAGCAGGAUUCCGAGCACGAAUUGCGCCACAAAUCGCCUCUCUCCGAUAUCACAAACGACGCCGAUAAGUCUUUUAACAGAAUGAAAGCCUCAGAACCGGAUGCUACGCCCCGCCCGAAGUCCCCACAGCCUUUCGACCCGGGCAACGUUGAGAACUCGACCGCGAAGAGCCCCACGCCCACUCCGCAAGAGAAGACACCAGCGCCCGAAGAAAAGACCCCGGUCCCUGAGGAGAAGACGCCAGUGCCUGAGCAGAAGAUUCCAGCGCCCGAGCAGAAAACACCCGCGCCUGAAGAGAAGACACCAACGGGUCCCACUCCUCGUACUGUUACACGGGUUGACGCCAUGGAUACACUACUGGAGAGACCGAUGGACAUUGUGGCCAAGGCUAGAGCAGCUGCACAGCCCCUAACACAAGAGCCAGAGCCUCCAAAGUCGCGCAUCUGCAUCACGUGGCUGAAACUUACCAACUUCAAGAGUUACGCAGGCAGACAGGAAGUCGGACCAUUCCACGCCUCGUUUUCCUCCGUCGUCGGCCCCAAUGGCUCCGGAAAGUCCAAUGUCAUCGACUCUCUUCUUUUCGUGUUUGGUUUCAGGGCCAGCAAGAUGAGACAAGGCAAACUCUCAGCCUUGAUCCACAAUUCAGCCCAGUUCCCAAAUCUGGACUACUGUGAGGUCGAAGUUCACUUUCAAGAAGUGAAGGAUCUGCCUGAGGGGGGCCACGAAGUCAUUCCAGACUUCAAUCUGGUCAUAUCUCGCAGAGCUUUCAAGAACAACUCGAGCAAGUAUUACAUCAACGGCAAAGAGUCUAAUUAUACCGUCGUUACCACGCUGCUGCGCGAUCGCGGCGUUGACCUUGACCAUAAGCGUUUCCUAAUCCUGCAAGGUGAAGUCGAGUCCAUCGCACAGAUGAAGCCCAAGGCCGCGAACGAGCAUGACGAUGGUCUGUUGGAAUAUCUCGAGGAUAUUAUUGGCACGUCAAAGUACAAGACGCCCAUCGAGGAGUCUGCUGCCCAAGUCGAGACGCUCAACGAGGUUUGCCAAGAGAAAAACAACAGAGUCCAGCACGUUGAGAAGGAGAAGGACAGCCUUGAGGACAAGAAGAACAAGGCCUUGGCGUACAUUCGUGAUGAGAACGAGCUUGCAAGCAAGCAAUCUGCCCUGUACCAGAUCUUCAUCAACGACACAAAUGACAACAUCCAAGUUGCACAGGAAGCCAUCAACGAGGCGCAAGCCUCGCUCAAUGAGGAGCUGGAGAGGCACAAGGGAAGUGAGGAGGAGAUCAAAGAGCUUGAAAAGCAAUACAAGACGGGCUCGAAGCAGUACAACGCGCUCGACAAGCAGACCCAGGAAUUUUUGAAGGAGUUGGCGAAGCUGGAUAAGGAGACGGUCAAAUUCGAGGAAAAGAAGAAAUUCUUGACCAACAAGGAGAAGAAGCUCCAGAAGACCCUCGAGACCAGCAAAUUCGGCAUUUCGGAAGCGGAAAGCACCAUGAAAAAGUGCGCCGACGAUAUCGAACGAAACACGGUAGAGAUCGCGGAGCUUGAGGAGAAGAUGCGUGCAGAGGAAAAAGAACUGAACUCAAUCCGAGAGAGCCUGAAGGGAAAGACUCAGAGUAUUUCGGAUGAGAUUGCCAAGAAACAAAAGUCCUUGGAGCCCUGGAAUGCGAAAAUCAAUGAGCAGCAGUCAGCCAUGGCUGUUGCGCAGAGUGAGCUGGACAUUCUGCGGGAGAAAGAAAACGAGGGCGCAAAGAAGAUCGCGGACACGGAGGCCAGAAUCGCCGGCCUGGAGGAGCAAAAGGCCACGAAGCUGAGUGAGCUUGAAGAAUGUGAAUCCGAGAAACGCAAUACAGAAAAGGAGAUCAAGAACAUCCAGAAGGAGAUGGCAGUCCUUGGCCAGGAGGAGCCCAAAGUCCGCUCCAAGCUGUCCAGCGCCCGGCAGAAGGCCGACGAAGCAAGAUCCAGUCUUUCUGCAACUCAGUCUCAGGGGAACGUCCUCACAGGGCUUACGCGCCUGCAGGAGUCUGGUAGAAUCAAGGGUUUUCAUGGUCGGCUUGGCAAUUUGGGCACGAUUGACCAAAAGUACGACGUUGCUAUCUCGACCGCUUGCCCGGCGCUGAAUAACCUCGUGGUCGAUUCAGUCGAGGUUGGCCAACAGUGCAUCGAAUACCUUCGCAAGAACAACCUUGGGCGUGCGAACUUCAUCUUGCUUGACAGGCUUCCGCAACGGGAUCUUUCGGAGAUCAAUACACCCGAGAAUGUUCCUAGGCUUUUCGACCUGGUUCGGUCAAAGCACGAUAAGUUCAAACCUGCUUUUUACAGCGUCAUGCAGAACACGCUUGUUGCACGCGAUCUUCAGCAGGCGAAUCGGAUUGCGUACGGAGCCAAGAGAUGGCGCGUCGUGACACUCGACGGCCAGCUUAUUGACAAAUCCGGUACCAUGAGUGGAGGUGGUACUAGGGUCGCAAAGGGUGCCAUGUCCUCGAAGUUGGCUGCCGACGUGACGAAGGAGCAGGUCGCCAAGCUAGAGGGAGACCGCGAUGCAGUAGAGCAGCAGUUCUCCGAUCUCCAGGGAGCACUGAGAGAGGGCGAGAGCAUGUUACGAGGCCUUAAUGACAAGAUACCGAAGCUGGAGACGAAGGCUCAGAAGAUUGCUCUGGAAGUUGAAAGCUACGACCGCAACAUCGCCGAUGCACAGCGACGCAUCAAGGAGAUUGCAGCCGAGCAGCAACCCUCCAAGUCCGACAAGGCUCGCAUGACCAGUCUCGAGAAGAGUAUCGCCAGCAUGGAGAAGGAGGUGGCCAAACUUCACACGGAAACUUCGAGUGUUGAAGAGGAAAUCAAAGCUCUUCAGGACAAAAUCAUGGAGAUUGGCGGUAUUAAGCUGCGUACGCAAAAGGCCAAGGUCGACGGCUUGAAAGAGCAGAUCGACACGCUCAACGAGGAGAUGUCUUCAGCAGAGGUGAACAGAGCGAAGGCUCAGAAGCAAAGAACAAAGCAUGAGAAGGCUCUUGUGGAGGCGGAAAAGGAGCUCGAGAAGGCGACGGCUGAGAUGGAGAAAGUGGAAGAAGACAUGCGUGCUCAGAGACGGGAUUCGGGUGGUUCGAGACAGCAGGCAGAGGAGGCGCAGGAGGCCCUUGAAGAGAAGAAGGAGGAAUUGCAGGCUCUCAAGGCCGAUCUGGAUGCGAAGACUGCGGAGCUUAAUGAGACGCGCGGUAUCGAGAUCGAGAUGCGCAACCAGAUCGAAGAACACCAAAAGACACUGAAGGAGAACCAGAUGAAGCUGAAGCACUGGGAAGAGAAGCUCAGCAAGCUCUCCCUCACGAACGUCAGCGACCUGGGCGAGGAGCAAGAAGAAGUUGAGGCGCUGCCAACUUACACCAAGGACGAGCUCGAGGAUAUGGACAAAGGCCAACUCAAACGCGAGAUAGCCGCGCUGGAGGAGAAGACACAGAACGUCCAGGUUGAGCUUGGUGUCCUUGGCGAAUAUCGGCGCCGUGUCGAGGAACAUGCUGCUCGUAGCGCUGACCUCGCCACUGCCGUGACGGAGCGCGACGCUGCCAAAAAGCGGUGCGAUGAGCUGCGUCGGCUGCGGCUGGAGGGCUUCAUGGAAGGCUUCAGCACCAUCUCGUUACGUCUCAAGGAGAUGUACCAGAUGAUCACGAUGGGCGGCAACGCCGAGCUGGAGCUCGUCGAUUCGCUGGAUCCCUUCUCGGAAGGCAUAUUGUUCAGCGUCAUGCCGCCCAAGAAGAGCUGGAAGAACAUUUCCAACCUUUCUGGUGGUGAAAAAACUCUUAGCAGUUUGGCUUUGGUGUUUGCACUUCACCACUACAAGCCAACGCCGCUCUACGUGAUGGACGAGAUUGACGCUGCUUUGGAUUUCAGAAACGUUUCCAUCGUCGCCAGCUACAUCAAAGAGCGGACUAAGAACGCCCAGUUUGUGGUCAUCUCGCUGCGAAACAACAUGUUCGAGCUUGCGUCACGCUUGGUCGGCGUCUACAAGGUCAACCACAUGACGAAGAGUGUCACAGUCGAAAACAAAGAUUACAUCAUUCCCAUUAGAAGUUAA